AGACGGUUUCCCUGCACCCAUAGAUAUCAAAGAGUGGUUUGGUAAACACAUUACUUAAUCAAUAAAUGGCAAUAUAUAUGGCUUUUUCUCUUAUUUCAUGACAGCUCAUUCUACGAAGGUUAUACAUUUUUUAUCAGGUAAUAGUUCAAGUCUUACAUCUUAUAAAGCUGCUAACUAAAUGAAAUAUUUUAUUAUUUUUCUUUUAUGUAAAGUAGGUGCUCGAGUAUGACUUAACAUAUUAGAGAUAAAUGAUGGAAAAUAAGCAAUAUAAUAAAUUUUAUAAAAAGAUAAAAAGACCAUCGGCACUCUUUCAAAUUGUUAUAGUUGCCUUGGUUUUAGGGUCUUUUGUCACUUUCUUGAAUAUUUACGAACUUCGAAAAUUGCAAAUGGAUCACUUGAAUUUACACAUUGCAAAUCCAGAAGCGGUUAGUGAGAGUUUUAGUAAGAAAUCACCAGUUUAUUGGAUCUUUGGAAAGCAAAUCGACUCCGGUUACCUAGAUCAUGUUAUGAGAGUGCUCGAACGCGUCGGUUAUGUUAGAGGCACUAACAAUUCCAAUUGGGAUUUACUGUGGGCGCAUGAUUAUCCUUUUGGUUCUGUGAAAGGUUUAGAUUCACUUAAGUCCCAUCAAAUGGUUAAUAAAUUCCCGGGUUCAGGGUGGAUAACUAACAAACUAUCUCUUGCUACUUCAAAUAUUAAACAAGCUCCUAAAGCUUUUAAAAUACCUUCGGAAAAAGAUGCUUUUUUUAAAUAUGCAAAGAAAUAUCCUUUAAAAAAAUGGGUACAAAAGAGUAAUAAUCAUCGCGGAAUACGGAUAAGAAGUGUUGAUGAGUUGGAUUUCUCAACUGGGAAUACAUUUGUUCAGGAAUAUAUUGAUAAUCCCUAUUUGAUUGAUGGAAAGAGAUUCGAUAUAGGAAUAUACACAACUUUAGUAUCAGUCGAUCCGUUACGAGUAUAUAUUUUUGACGGAGACUGGUUAAUGAGGUACUGCGCCAAAGAUUAUUACCCUUUUGAUGCUGCAGAUGUUAAAAAAUAUGUCGUGGGCGAUGACUAUACACCAACUUGGAAAAUGCCUUCUCUAAAAAAGGCUUAUACUGAUUUAAUGUUUACACAUCGAGAAUCUUUUUUUCAUUUUGUUAGAAGUAAAAAUGAUAGCGUCAUAAAAUUAACUAACCAAAUACAUGAGGCUAUCAGAAACGUUUAUAUUUCAAAAGUAUCUUCUCUUAUUAGAUCUAUGUCGUCGUACGGUGGCACAUCAAACUUUUUCGAAAUGGUUCGUUUUGAUUUCGUUGUUGAUAAAGAUCUUAAUGUUUAUCUAAUGGAGGUUAAUAUGUCUCCAAACCUCUCUACUGCACAUUUUUCUCAAAAUAGACUUUUAUAUGAGCAAGUUCUAUAUAGCAUGUUUAGUUUAACAGGAGUAGCCAAAACUGUAGCGAAUAAUUGGAUUAAAACGUAAGUUAAUUAGCUAAUUAAAUACUAAUGUUUUCCAAUGUUUUAUAUGUUUCAUGGGGAGUUUUUCCAGAUCUAGGCACGCAUACGAAAUGCAAAUUUCAGAAAGAGAUAUACAUGUGAAUAUUGAACAUUGUGAUUCUCCUCAAUGCACCAAAAACUGCGCUAUCAUUGAGUGUCAGUUAUGUAAAUGGUGUUUAAAUCAAGAAAUAUCGUCUGAUCUACAACGAGCAUAUAAGGAACACAUGAAUCGGAAUAGAUGGCGCCGUGUUUUCCCUCCGCCGUUUGGCAAUCAAAAAAAUGCUCUAAGUUGGAAGAAGGAUACGUAUUUUGACAAAUUGUCGGAAAAAAAUAAAUUGUUAUUUCUCUGGUUUAGAGGAAAAUGUGUUCAAGACAAUCGCUGGUGUGCCUAAUUAUUGUAUAUGUUGAAUUAGUUAUUAUAUUGUUAUUGAAUAUGUUGAAUAUUAAUGGCACUUGGUUAUCGUUAUUUUAGUGUUAAUAAAUAUCUUCCGGAAGAGCUUGUAAUUCAUAAGCCUUUAAAGUCGAGUGUAAAUUAACGAGAAUAACUUAAGUAGUAGUCGUUACG